AUGGGUAAACAAGAAUGGAUGGUCAUUUUGCCCGACAAACCAGGUGCACUGGACGCCAGAAUGAAAGUGAGGAGCGAGCACCUUAACAACAUUAAACCUCACGUAGAAAGUGGUCUGGUCGUCUUGGGCGGCGCGAGUCUGGAUGAACCGCUCCGAGAGGGCCAGAGCCCCAAGAUUAAUGGCAGUGUAAUGAUGGCUGAAGCCGAUACAGUUGAUGAGGUUUGGCAAUGGGUCCGAAAUGACAUUUAUUACACAACCGGAGUUUGGGAUAUUGAGAAGGUCAGAGCCAUGUGUGGCAACCAUUUGGACGAAAAGCUGAUGAAUAAUACGAACAGAUCCAGGUCUUCCCUUUCAAGAGCGCCGUGA